AUGACCCUGUACAGCGAUGCCGAGGCGCAGCGGGAGGGCCUGCUGUCCCCCAGCCGGUUUCGGAGCCGGGUCGGGGCCUCGCUCCACCUCCUGCAGCGGCUGGGGCUGACGCGGCGCCUGGAAGGCCACACAGGCUGCGUGAACACAGUAACCUUCACCCCUGAUGGGGAAGGACUCCUGUCUGGCAGCGAUGACCAGCUGAUCAAGCUGUGGGACUGGCGGCGCGGGGCGGAGGUCCUCUCCUACGACAGUGGGCACACUGACAACGUCUUCCAGGCCCGUGCCAUCCCCGGCACCGACAAUCGCACCGUGGUCUCCUCAGGCGCAGACGGCCAGGUGCGACUGGGGCUGGCUGGCGAGGGCGGCUCGGUGCGCACGCGCUGCGUGGCGCGCCACAAUGGCCGCGCGCACAAGCUGGCGCUGGUGCCGGGGGCGGCGGGCUGGGUGCUGUCCUGCGGCGAGGAUGGCCGAGUGCUGUCCACGGACGUGCAGCGGGGAGGGCCGGCGAUCGCUCUGGGUCGGCCCCUACCACUGAACAGCGUGGCCUGCACCCCCCUGGCCCCCACCCAGUGUGUGCUGGGGGCCGCGGACGAGGUGGUCCGAGUCUUCGACCUGCGCAUGGCCGGCAAGCCCCUCAACGAGCUGCGCCGGGGUCAACUGCUGCACGAGGUCACGGUGACCGCAGCGGCCGACGUGCUCCGCGCGCUGGACGCCACAGGGGGGCGCGUGGAGCUGCGCGCCACCUGGUCCACAAACGUCCUGCAGGCGUAUCGAGGCCACCGCAAUGCCCAGACGGUCAAGGGCGUGAGUUUCCUGGGGCCGGACGAUGAGUGGGUGCUGUCGGGCAGCGACGACGGCCACAUCUUCAUCUGGGAGCGGGAGGGAGGCAAGCUGGUGGCGCUGCUAGAGGGCGACCGCCACAUCGUCAAUUGCCUGGCCCCCCACCCGACGCUCCCCCAUGUCCUGGCCUCCAGCGGCAUCGACUCGGAUGUCAAGGUGUGGGGUGUGCAGGCGGGCGAACCCGCCGCCCUCGGCGCCGCCGCCAGCAUCCUCAUGGCGCGCAACGCCGAGGAGCAGGGGUCGCGCUACUCCCGCUCCUACAUGGUGUCCGCCCAGGUGACGGUGCUGGCCGAGGUCCCGGCUCCUCGAGCCCCGCUCUGGGGCGAGCUGGAGGAGGAGAGCCUGGACCUGACCACCCCUCCCAGGCGCCAGCGGGCCCGGCCGCCCACCCAGCCGCGCUCCUCCAACCCGACGCGCCCACGCAACGUCUCCAGCGCCCAACAGGCGCAGGAUGCGGCGCUCGCCCGCAGCUUCCAGGAGGAGGAGGAGGCCUGUGCUCUGGUCCGCGACGAGCUUCUCUUUGCGCGCAUGGAUGCGCUGGCGGAGCAGGAGGAGCUGGGGACGACAGGGCACGCCCCCAGCAUCUUCCCGCCGGCGCCGGAGUGGUGGAGCCCCGGCGCCGAGCAGGUCCAGCAGGCCUCCGUGCGCUACGACUGGCUAGAACGGGUGCUGAGCCUGCUCGAUCGCGACUUCACUGCGGACGAUUACGAGGCCCUGAGAGCGCUGGACGAGGGCCUGGAGGAUCGGCGGGGGGCCGACGCGGCCAGCAUACGUGCCUUGCCGGUGGAGCGGCUCUCGCGUGAGGCCGCCGCCGAGGUGGGAAGGUGCGUGGUAUGCCUGGAGGAUGUAAGCCCGGGCACUAGGCUGAAGCGGCUGCCCUGUGGGCAUGCAUUCCACACCCGCUGCAUCGAUCGCUGGCUGCGCUCGCGAGGGGCCUGUCCGGUGUGCCAGCGGGGCAUCGGACCCGAGGAGCUGCUCUGA